CGGGGUCCGGGAGACCAGAUAUAGUGAAUGCAGGGUCCGGGGAGACCAGAUAUAGUGAAUGCAGGGUCCUUGGAGACCAGAUAUAGUAAAUGCGAGGGUCCGGGGAGACCAGAUAUAGUGAAUGCAGGGUCUGGGGAGACCAGAUAUAGUGAAUGCCGGCUCCGGGGAGAGCGGAUAUAGUGAAUGCUGGGUCCUGGGAGACCAGAUAUAGUGAAUGCAGGGUCCGGGGAGAGUGGAUAUAAUGAAUGCAGGGUCCGGGGGGACCGGAUAUAGAGAAUGCAGGGUCCGGGGAGACCAGAUAU